CUUGAAUCAUGUGAUUAUUUUUUGUGUAUUCUUUAUUUAUGUUAUCAAAUCAUAAUGCCAUCAAAACUUUAUUACGAAAUUGUUGAAAAUCGCAAGAAGCAAUUUCAUCUGUUCCAAUCAUUUGACCAUCGUGAAUUCUUAUGUGGAUGGGGUGCUGCGGGAAUCAAUAUUUUUCUUACGUUUCCAGUAUACAAAAUGAUCUUUCGUCAGAUGCUUCAUGGAAUAAAGAUUAGAUCAGCUUUUAAUCAAUUACAUAAUGAAGGUUUAUCAUAUUUAUAUCGCGGAAUCGGACCACCUUUAAUGCAGAAAACCUUGUCGUUGUCUGUUAUGUUUGGAGUUUACGAUGGAGUUAAGAAACCUGCAAUAGAUGUUUAUGGGAUAAAUCAAUAUAGUGCAAAAUGUAUUGCUGGAAUGGUUUCUGGAACAUUUGAAGCUGUUUUGAUGCCAUUCGAACGUGUUCAAACUAUAUUAGCUGAUUCUUAUUACCAUGAAAAAUAUAGGAACACUUAUCAUGCAUUUCGUAUGAUUUAUACUGAACUUGGAUGGAAAGAGCUUUAUCGUGGUUUAGUUCCAAUACUCUUAAGGAAUGGCCCAAGUAAUGCUGUCUUCUUUAUUUUACGAGAGGAGGCACAAAAACUCCCACAAAAGGAAGGAGUACUCUAUGCAAACAUGCAGCAAUUUGUCGCUGGUGCUGUUAUCGGUGCAUUCACUAGUUCCAUAUUUUAUCCAUUAAAUGUAGUCAAAGUUGUAAUACAAAGUAAAAUCGGAGGGAAAUACGAUAAUGUACUGGUAGUGUUUAAGGAAAUUUAUAAAACUCGAGAUAGGUCGAUUCGUAAUGUUUAUAAAGGCCUUAACAUGAAUUGUUUUCGUGCUGCAAUAAGUUGGGGUAUUAUGAACUCAGCUUAUGAAAAUUUAAGAAAAGUAAUUUAUUAAGCAUGUGCAAUAAUAAUUAAAGAAAUAUGUACAAGUUUUUUUGAUGAGAUAGCACAUAGCUCCGAAGGUUCAACUUGUUGUACUUUAAUAAAAAUUCACCACCAAAUAGCAAAAUUUUUUACCUAAAUUAAGAUAGCCAAACUGUUUGUAGGGCAUUAAUUAUUAGAUAUUAAAUGCUAGCUGAAAUUCAUUGUACUAGCUUAUAAGAAGAUAAAAUUAGGAACUAUGUUGAAAUUGCCAUUAUCUAAGGCAGUGUUGUCCAAACUGUGUGAACAACACUGAUCUAAGGGAGUAAGUAUCCAGCCCGAAUAUCACAAGUUGGUUAAUCGAAUAAAAAUUCGGC